AUGAUGCUGAUCCAAAAGUCCAUGAGAUACUCCUUAGUGGUAGUCAUGGUACUACUGGCUGUAGCUGUCAGCACAGUCAAUGGUGCAGCAACGCAACUACGAGGAGGUACCAGUGCAGGUAACCUAUUUUCGUCAGAUCCCUCCAUGACUAUGAAUGGAAGACCACAAAAUCAACUACGUCGUCUGGAAGGGGACGAAGAUGAAGAGGAAAAAGAAGGUUGGCUGAGCAAGGCCAUUGGAUUUGUGUCAGAUGUCAUUGCAGUCGCAUUUGGAUCAGAAGACGAAGAAGCAGAGGGAGUGGCCCUUGGCAGCGCUACCAUCAGUCCUACAGAUGCAGGGACGGUCAAUCCUACCAUGGGCGAGACAGCAGGAGCUACUGCGGUCAUGACCAGUGCUCCCACGGAAGAAUAG